AUGGAGAAUGAUCAAAGGAAACAAGCCGAGGAAACUCAGGAAGAAGAUAAAUCUUGCAAUGCUGAACAGAUCUUCAGCUCUCAAUGUGAGACAUCUGACAGUGUCUGCUAUAAAAGGCCAGUUUCAGAAAACUUUGCCUCAAGUAAAAUGGAAGUUGGUAAUGUUGAAAACCCACAUUUGGCAAAAAGAAUAAGACUUGAAACAUUGGAAUCUGCUCCAGAAAAAUACAGCUUACCUACAAGUCAAACAGAAAUAAGCAAAGUAAUUGAAAGUGAAAUCCUCUCUGCUAAAUUAUUCCCUCUAGCUUCCCCAGGAACAAUGUCUACAAAAACCCAAGAAGGAUGUAAUCAAAAUUUGCCAAACGUUCUUCAAAAUAUUACAGAUAAUACCAUUGACAACAGCAGCUCUAGUUAUGAUGUUGUAGAUGAACUUCUUUCAACUAAGUCACAUGCAAAUGCAAAUAACAUGCCUGGUGAAAUGAAAGCAAACACUCAUGUUGGCCUUCAUGUAGAAACACAAAGCAACAUCUUGGCAAAGGCCCCUUUAAAAGCAAAGGAAAUGACUGCUGAAAAAGGAAAGCCUGAUAAAAACAUAGAUUCAAUGCAUACAUUAGACCCUUCCCCUACUUAUGUACAAAACAAAAUUGUUCUUAAGGAAGACGGCAAGACUAUUCUAUCAUGCACGGAUACUGUAAGUGACUUGGAGAAAGAGGGCGCUCCACUGACAAAAGAGAAUAAAGAGGUUUCUCGCAGUGCUUCGAGAUCAGGUUUUGGGAAGAUCAGUUCUAAAAGAAAUGCUGGGGAGGCCACAAUAAAAAAUGGUAAACCCUCCAAAUCUAGCCUGGAGAUGUCAGAAACAAAAAAUGACCCUAACCUAAUUUUUAAUGCCAUUGGCAAAAUAAUAGCCAGAAGACGACAUGACCGGAAAGAACACCAAAGAAAAGGCUUAUAUCGAAGAAAGCAUGGUUUUAAGCAGUUGAAAAAGCACCUGCAGCUGCUAAAGAAAAGAGGUACACUUAAAGAUCAUAUUGCAUUUAUUAAAGACAAUAAACUUCCCCCAAGUAAUAUUUUACCUGCGGAGCCAACACCUGAAACACCUCCACACACUGAACAUGUUUCUGAUUCAGGAAUAAUUAAGGAUGCUCAAAGUGUUAUUAAUAUACCGUCUUCUGCUUUUGAAAUAGUACGCAAUACACCCCCUAUAAUACAGUAUGGCUGUAUAUACUGUGAGAGUGUUGUUGCCAGCAAAGAAGACAUGUUUGUUCAUUUUUGGAAGCGACAUGCAAGACAAAUGAAGUUUUAUUGUCAAACAUGUGGAUACUCCUGUGUUACCAGGGGAGACUUUGAAAAGCAUUGUCAUAAUGACAUACAUGACGAGACAAAUGUGUCGUUAAAUUGUUACUUGUGUGGUUUAGAUGCUUCCGAUGAGUCCACUUUCAGAAUCCACAUGACUGCCAAGCACAAGAUGCCGUUCCAUUGUAAUAGUUGCAAAGUAUUUUUUAAGUCUAAUGAUGACAGAUUGCAUCAUGAAACAGCAGAAGAACAUAUAUGGGACAAUGAAAAAAUGUGCAAUCCCUCUGGUGCAGACAAUUUGGAAUUGAAGUCAGAUGCAAACACAUCUCUUCCAGCAGUUCAAAUUAGUACUGUUGUUAACACUGUUGAAAUUUCAGUGCAAGAAGUAGUGGUAAAUGAGGUGAAAAGGCGACAGUUUCAAUGUAAACAAUGUUUCUACAAGACAAGAUCAUCAACUGUUUUGACAAGACACAUCAAACUUCGCCAUGCGCAUGAAUUUCACUUUUUAUGCAAGGCUUGCAAUAUUUACACAAUGCAUAAGGAAGGUAUGGAAAGACACAUUAAAAGAAGUAAACAUAUUGAAAAUGCAAGGAAAAACAAUAUUGGAUUGCUUUUUGAAGAAUGUAUUGAAAAAGUUUCAUAUGAAGGAUUUACAGAAAUUGCCAGUACUCACAAGGAUAGGUCCCAAAGUGAAGAUUUUAACACCACUUCUACAGAAGACUCCUAUUGUUCUAAACACGCUGCUUCUCAGGCAGAACACACUGAUUCAAAUACACCAAAAAAAGGGAGGCCUAAAGGAAAUAUCUCUAUUUCUUGUACUCACUGUGGUCUUAUGGCCUCUAGCGUUACAAAUCUUAAAGUGCAUAUUAGGAGGAAACAUACGCAUCAGUAUAAUUUUAAAUGCAAAUUAUGUAAUUAUGACACAGUGACUAAAGGUGAUAUGGAACGGCACUGUCUAACCAAGAAGCAUAUAAGUCGUGUAGAAGAUCAGCCUGCUGGCCAACGGAAAAAUGAAAUUGUGGUGACAAUAGAGGGACAAAAAUUUGAAUCUGUUAAGAAAAAGGGAAGUAUAGGCAAUGUAGCAAGUAAAAAUGUUGGGACAACUUCUGUUUGUUUACCAGGCUCUCAAAAGGAACAUUCUGUAAAUGUUGAUAGUACUAUUAAUAUACAAAGUGAAAACUCAUUAAAAGACUAUGUGGACAAUGGUAUAGCUGAAGAUAGUCAAGUCCAGGGUAUGUGCACUGACAACAGUGGUAACCAAUGUUCUCAUUGUGAGUUUGUUGGUGACUCUGCAUCUUUAGAGCUGCAUGUGAAAGGUAGUCAUAUAAAAGAAUUUGAGUAUUACUGUAAAGCCUGCAAUUACUAUGCUGUAUCACACCAGCAGAUGAGCUCUCAUGUGUUAACUGAGAAACAUAUGGUUAACCAUGAAUCUGCUCAAUCCAGUGCUUCUCUUCUUGACAAGAUGGCUUGCAACUUACAUAAUUCACCUGAAAAUCUUUCCUGUGGCAAAAUAAGGGAAGAGUCAAUUCAACCUGCUCCGCUUCUAGAACCAAACAAAGUGAAUGUUGUGGAGAAAAGUUUGGAUGCUAAAAUAGCAGUUGAGCAUGAGCUUGUGGAAACUGACCAACAUGUAAUUUCAGACUCUGAGAAAAACAGAGUUGUUGUUUUAAGAAAACAGGAAAGUGGGGAUGAAAAUCUGUUAGUGGAUACUCUAGUACAGGAAUAUACUGUUAAUGCAGUCAGUGACCAUAUAGAAAAUGAACAUACAGGGGCAGAAAGUUUACCGGAAGACGCUGAGUUAUGCACUGCUCAAAUUUCAGAAAAUGGUGGAACAUCUGAACAUGUCAGCACAUACAGAAAGACCAACAGUGGCAUCCUAUUUGAUUCUUCCAUUGUCAAAUUGAAAAUGGAUUGUAAAAAACAAUCGGACAACCAUGCAAGCAGCGUGCCAGAACCCAAACCUCAAUCAACGAAAAAGAAGAAAUUUAAUGGCAGUACUCAAGGUGAUUCCACCCGAAUACGAUGUGAUGAGUGUGGUUUUCUUGCUGAUGGUCUUAGUGGUUUGAAUGUUCACAUUUCCAUGAAACAUCCAGUUAAAGAAAAACACUUUCAUUGUUUACUCUGUGGCAAAUCAUUUUUCACAGAAAGUAAUCUUCAUCAGCACCUGGCUAGCAUUGGCCACCAAAAGAAUGAACAGGCCAGCUUUGAAGAGCUACCCGAAGGUGGUGGAACAUUUAAAUGUGUAAAGUGCACAGAGCCUUUUGAUUCUGAGCAAAGUCUAUUUAUUCACAUCAAGGAAGAGCAUGAAGAGCUGCUGAGAGAAGUGAACAAAUACAUUGAAGAAGAUACAGAGCAGAUCAACCGGGAGAGGGAAGAGAACCAAGGGAACAUCUGCAAGUACUGUGGCAAGACGUGCAAAAGCAGCAAUUCUAUGGCAUUCCUUGCACAUAUCCGCACUCACACAGGAUCAAAGCCAUUCAAGUGCAAGAUAUGCCACUUUGCAGCAGCUCAGCUAGGAGAUGCCAGAAACCAUGUGAAGAGACAUCUUGGGAUGAGAGAAUACAAGUGUCAUGUUUGUGGGGUUGCUUUUGUGAUGAGGAAACAUUUAAAUAACCAUUUACUGGGAAAGCAUGGAGUUGGAACACCAAAGGAAAGGAAAUUUGCCUGCAACCUCUGCUACAGAAGCUUCAGAGAGAAAUGGUCCCUGAAUAACCACAUGAAGCUUCACACAGGCGAAAAGCCAUUUAAAUGUACCUGGCCUACAUGCCAUUAUUCUUUCCUCACAGCCUCUGCCAUGAAAGAUCAUUACAGGACUCACACAGGCGAGAAGUCGUUCUUGUGUGACCUUUGUGGCUUUGCUGGUGGGACCCGUCAUGCCCUUACGAAGCAUCGGAGGCAGCACACAGGAGAAAAACCAUUUAAAUGUGAUGAAUGCAAUUUUGCAUCUGCAACACAAUCCCACUUAACACGACACAAGCGGGUCCACACGGGAGAAAAGCCUUACAUGUGCCCCUGGUGUGAUUACAGGUCAAAUUGUGCUGAAAAUGUUCGCAAACAUAUUUUGCACACUGGCAAGCACGAAGGAGUGAAGAUGUACAAUUGUCCUAAGUGUAGCUAUGGAACCAAUUCCCCUAUGGAGUUUCGAAACCAUCUGAAAGAACAACAUACAGACAUUGAGAAUCCAGAUUUAGCCUAUCUUCAUGCUGGUAUUGUUUCAAAAUCCUUUGAAUGUCGACUGAAAGGAUUAGGUGCAAACUUUGUGGAAACAACUAGUCCAUUUACUGCAUCCUCUCCAUCGGAGCCUUCGCCGGCUAAAGAAAACAUCCGAAGCAGCAAAAAGCAAAGCCAUCCAACUGAACAAGUUCAGCAGGUCAUUAUCAUUCAGGGAUUUUCUGAGGAGUAUGAUGGAAAUAUCACAAUCAAUUCUUCUGUUGAGGAAACUGCAGCAGCUACUCUCCAAACAUUGGCUAUGGCAAGUCAAGUGGCAAGAGUAGUACACAUUACUGAGGAUGGCCAGGUGAUUGCCACUGAUCAAGCCACACACAUGGGAAGCAUCAUUCCAGGAAAUAUCCUUAGUGAGCAGCUGUCAGAAAGAGCAACCCAGGUUGUUGUGGUUGAAGCUCCAAUGGAAGAAACAGAAAUAGAGGAGUCUGUUGCUAUAGAGACUGUAACUGACUCAAGUGGUAAUGUAGUACAACAAGUAAUGACCCAGGGUAUUUUGGAUGUAUCACAAACAGUUCAUGCAUCUGAUUCUUCUUCAGCUCUAGAUGCACUUCUAUGUGCUGUAACAGAACUGGGAAAUGGAGAAGGAAGCAGGCAACAAAGCACAGAAAACUCAACAAUAGAGGAGUCAUUGGUGAGGAUGACGAGAGAGCAGUGUGCUGAAACUAGUGAAGGGGAGAUUCAGAUGUUUGAGGAGGUACAUGAAAGUGAACACGAACUUGAGCCGAUAGGGGUUGUCAGACAAAUCAUGCAUUCUUCAGGCUUUGUCACCUCCCAGGAUUCUGCUUUCAAGAAUAUGGUCCAGGGCGUACUACAGUUUGCAAUGUGUAAUUCAGCUGCUGCUGAUCAACUAAUUAAAGAAGGAGUCACUCAAGUCAUCCUGAAUAAUGAAGGAACUGUGCACAUGGUCUCUGCAGAAGGUCCUCGAAUCAUUAUGCACAACACAGAUGGCCAUACAAUAAGUCUACCAGAACAACAGAUGAGCUUAGUUGAAGGUGAAGAUGGGGAAAUAUCACAGAUUAUCGUCACUGAAGAGUUGGCUAGAGCCAUGGUCCAAAAUGUGAAUGGGAACUUUGAGGAAGCCACAACACAUUAUAUCGUGACUGAAAUUCCACAAGCAGAGAAAGAGUCCAAUAUAUAUUCACAUACAGUAAUAGAAACUGAGGAUUCUACUGGCAUUUUACAUGAAGAAACUGUUGUGGAUUCCCAGGUGCCUGUGGAGGACUCCUCACAAGAGAUAAACAUGGUGGUUUAUGCAGAGUGCAGCUCGGAAGACUCCAUUUCCAAACCUCAUAUGGAUCAAUGAGGCUUUUCAAACUACCCGUAAAGAAUCAGAAAAUAGUAAACGAAAAUUAGACUAUAUUUUUUCACGUAAAAGAUUUUUACAAAAUCAAUGUAUAUUUUUAAUCCAUCAGUUGCGACAAAAAUGUCAAAUUAAAUUGUUAAAGGAAAAAAAAAGUGUUAUAUGAACUCUUCACGGAAAGAGAAUUGCUAGCUGAUAAGUAAUCCGAUAAUAGCUUAGUAAUUACAUUGUUAAGCAGUGCUAUAUCACUGCCAGGGGCUACUUUACAUUACUAUCCUGCAUUAUUCUUACAUUAUCAUUUAAAGUUGUGAAACCUCUGUCAUCUUUUCAUACAACAGCACUUGGAGAACCGUUUGUGGGCUUUGAGCAUUGCUUUCAUGUUCAUUUCUAUAUACAAUAUCAGAGCUUUUAUUGAUACCUGUCCUUUUUGGAACAAA